GUUUAAAUUUUGCUAUGGCCGGGUGCUGAGAAACCUGCUGUCAAAAAUGGGUUUUGGCUAUUGGAAAUUUGUAGGGUUAAUUGAUAAUAAUUUUUAUUCCGAUUCAGAAUCCAGUUUUUUCUUUUUUGUUGGUAUUAUGGUGGCCUCUUUUACCAUUCUAUUGAAUUCACCGUCGUCGAUUGAAAUUGAACAUUUUUCUAUCUUUGUUCCGCAAUGGCAUUUAAUACAUCCUAUUUUUAGGGGUGUGGGGGCGAGGCCAAGACCGGAGGCGCUGGGUUAUUGUUUUCAGAUAUUUCUCAUGCUCUAACUGAAUUGUUGCUUUUUCUGUUCAUUAAAAGGGUCAAACUUUUGCAAAAAAAGUACCAUUCUUCAAUUGUGAGGCGAAUCGCCAUUGAAUUAUUCAGCAUCACAUUUGCUUGCAGUUCAUAGUAAUAAUAUUUAUUGCAGCUGGGGCUGUAGUGAAGUUCAGUUAGCUAUUUCUGGAUCUUUUUUAUACCAUUUCUUUUCCUGGGAUUUUAGAGCAUUGAUCAGAAUUCCUUUUUCCCAGUAUUGAAUUUAAGCAAGGUUAGAUGCCGACUGAUGAAUCAAGUAGCUCUAUGUGGAGUAGAGAGCAAGAUAGGCAAUUUGAGAAAGCACUGGCAACCUACCCCGAAGACUGUUCAGAUAGAUGGGAGAAAAUCGCAGCCGAUGUUCCGGGUAAAUCCCUAGAAGAGGUUAAGCAUCACCAUGACCUUUUAGUUGAUGAUGUCGACCGGAUUGAGUCGGGCUGUGUGCCGCUUCCUAGUUAUAAUUCUUCAUCAGAUGGUUCGACUAACCAUGCCGGCGAUGAAGAAACUGGUAAAAAGGGUGGCAGUUUUGGGCACUUGAAUAGAGAUUCCAAUCAUGGAGGCAAGGGUUCAAAGUCAGAUCAGGAGCGCCGCAAAGGGAUUGCUUGGACAGAGGAAGAGCACAGGUUGUUUCUUCUUGGUUUGGAUAAAUAUGGAAAAGGUGACUGGCGAAGCAUUUCCCGGAACUUUGUGGUGACGAGAACUCCUACGCAAGUGGCGAGCCAUGCCCAAAAAUACUUCAUCCGUUUGAACUCUAUGAACAAAGAUAGGAGGCGGUCGAGCAUUCAUGACAUCACUAGUGUCAGCAGUGGAGAAGUUUCAGUGCCACAAGGUCCAAUCACUGGCCAAACAAAUGCUUCUGCUGUGGGAAGUUCCUCUGCCAAAUCAAACCAACCACGUCCUCAAAUCCCAGAUGCUGCUCCUGGAGUUGGGAUGUAUGGAGGAGCACCAACUAUUGGGCAACCAAUAGGAGGACCCCUUGUUUCCGCAGUCGGCGUGCCAGUGAAUGUUCCACCACCCUCUCACGUGGCAUAUGGUAUCCGAGCUCCAAUUCCAGGACCCGACCCUCAGACUGGCAUGGGUCCUAUGACUUAUCCAAUGCCACACACAUCUGCGCAUAGAUGAUUCAAGUAUACAAGCAGAAGUAUAUGAAUUGUACCCAACCUAGUUAUUUCUCAGAUGGGAUUUUCUGACUCGUCUAAAAUUGAGAAGGAAUAAUGUUCUCUGUUGUUGCAGAAAGAUGUAGAAUGAGGGUCAUUUUGCAUUCUUGUUAUUAAAUCUAAAUAAGCCGUAGGGAAAUCGAUAUUCAUCUGUAUAGACAAUUGCAAAGAUGUGGCGGCAUUAGGUUCAGGAGAGCAUUAUGGCUUUAUAUAGUCUACCUAAAGUUUCAAAAGUAUUACUAGUUCAGAUCGUCGAAGAUCAAGUAAUGUUCAUUAUGGUGAAUAUCAUCAACAGUUGGUUUUCUCCUGUCAAUUUUUAGUAGAAUGAACAUCCAAGGAAAUAUUUAGCCAAUA